CUUGACUUGACUCUGUCAAAUACCUGGCUAGCUAGCUGCCUCAAGUGCUUCUGCACAGUCCGGUCGUGUUGUUUUGGUGCCACUACAGUGUGUUCAGCUCGUCUGGCCGAAGUUUGAGGUUCAAAAUCCCACUUUGGGUGAAUCAUGAAGCUGCAAUGAACGAGCCAGGUGGAGAUCUGGGGUUCAGUUCGGGCUGUCCGGGCCACUUCCAGCCACCUGGAGGACUGAGGAGGAAACCAGAGAGAGGUUUUAGUGAUUCCUGACUUUUCCCAUCGCCCAGGCUGGUGGGGGACCCGAAGGAAGGACGACAUGGCCAGUCCUCGCAAGGCUGAUCUGUCAUAUGCGUGGGAAAAGUACAUGGACUGUAGACUGCAAGGAGCCGAGCUGCAGAUCACCCUUCAAAGUCUGGAGAAUUUCCUCUGUGUCUUUCACUAUGCGCAGCACCACCCUAAUGACGGCACCAAAGAUGCACUGAAGUUCUGCUCAGAUAUGAGUGGAGCCAGUAACACACUGGCGAGAGAGUUCCUGACUGAUGUACAUCAACUAUGCAGUGCGGUGGCCCAAAGAGAAGAGGUCCGUGAGGAAGAUGAGGAAGAGAGUAGCAUGGUGGCACUGGGCGAGUACCUGGUCAGGGGGCGGGGCUUCCUGUUGCUCAGCACCCUGGAUGCAAUCAUUGACCAGGAGCUGACUUGUCGAGAAGAGCUGCUCACUUUGCUGCUGUCUUUACUCCCUUUGGUCUGGAAGAUUCCUGUGCAGGAAGAUAAAGCUCCAGAUUUCACCCUGCCGUCCCUACUGGAGAUCUUCCUUAGCCGGGAGGUGAAAGCCGCCCCUGCCAGGACAGGACAGAAGGCUGCAGCAGAUGAACAGACCUCUGGAAAGAGGUCCCGCGUUGGCAGUGGCACGUGGAAGUCACGGAGGUCCCGCAGAACCGCUCAGAGAUACUCUGUUAAAGAUGCUCGCAAGUCUCAGGUUUCUACCUCAGAUUCAGAAGCCAACUCUGAAGACAAGGCUGUCCCAGGUGCAAGUGGUGCAAGGAGCAGAAGGUUACAUGGAUCCACCAUCCAGGUAAGCUGUCAGCACCAUCGCUCAGAGGCCCCGCCGUCAACACCCACUUCCUGCAAAACCACCAAAGACAUGAGUGCCCCAUACCCUCAUCCCAGAGCCCCCGGGUCUCAGAUGCUCGACAAUGAAACUUUGACGGACCCGGCUGCAAUAUCCAUUUUCAACCGCAUGGAAAACUCACCAUUCGAUCUUUGCCAUGUUUUGCUUUCCCUGCUGGAGAAGGUGUGCAAAUUUGACAUGACCAUCAACCACAACCCGGGACUGGCAGUUAGUGUCGUACCAGCUCUCACAGAGAUCCUGACUGAGUUUGGAGACUGCUGUGGUCCAGGAGGAGGAGGUGGAGGUGGGACAGGGGCAGACGAACUGGCUGGGGGCUGGACAGAGGAGCCCAUCGCGUUGGUUCAGAGGAUGCUCCUGCGUACCAUCUUGCACCUGAUGUCUGUGGAUGUGGGUCAGCAGGACAGACUACCUGACAGCCUGAGACGUAGUCUGACAGAUUUGCUGCGAGCCACCCUCAAAAUCCGGAGUUGCUUGGACAGGCAAAGUAAUCCUUUUGCUCCACGACCAAAGAAGACUUUGCAAGAAGUCCAAGAUGACUUCUCGUUCUCGCGUUACCGUCACAGAGCGCUACUGCUUCCAGAGCUUUUAGAGGGAGUAUUACAGGUGCUCCUGAGUUGCCUCCAGGCGUCCACACCCAACCCGUUCUUCUUCAGCCAGGCCUUGGAGCUAAUCCAUGAAUUUGUCCAGCAUCGAGGACUUGAGCUCUUUGAAGCCACGGUGCUGAGACUGGAGGGACUCGGAAGGGCCAGGGAUUCUGAAAUAGGGGGGGAGGCUUCAGAGCGGUUACGUGGUCUCAUUGCAGGGGUCUUCAAGAUCAUCAGUGCUGUUAAGAAGGCAAAGUCGGAGCAGCUGCAUCAGUCAGUGUGUGCUCGUCGCCGCCACCGUCGCUGUGAAUAUUCCCACUUCCUCCAUCACCACAGAGACUUGUCCGGUUUGCCCGUCUCUGCUUUCAAGCAGGCUGCUAGACGUAACCCCUUUGAAGAGGAGGGAGACGGCAAGCAAGGACUCGAGGGCGGUGCCGUGCGUUAUCCAGAGCGCUGCUGCUGCCUCGCUGCCUGUGCCCACCAAUGCCUGCGGCUCUUGCAGCACCUGUCCCCUAGUGGGCCGGCCGUGUUGCAGGUGUUGGCCGGGGUUCAGGCCGUCGGGAUCUGCUGCUGUAUGGACCCUCGCUCAGUUUUAGGACCUCUCCUAUAUGCUUUUCGGACUCCAGGUCUGCGUAGUUACCAGUCCCAUGUACUGAGCGUGCUGGGUAGACUGAUCUUGGACCAGCUUGGUGGGGGCCAGCCCUCGGAGAACGCCAAACUCGCCUCUUGUAACAUCUGCACUCUGGACAGCAGCCAGCUGCCAGGUCUGGAGGAGACACUGCAACAAGGAGACUCUUCAGCCGUUACCACCAGUCUGCGUUACCGCUCCCAAGGGAUUCUGCCGAGUGGAGGGGGCGCUGAGGACAUGCUGUGGAAGUGGGACGCUCUGGAGGCCUACCAAGAGCUAGUGUUUGGUGAGGACUGGCAGCUGAGCCAACAGAUAGCGGGGCAUGUGUGCCAUCUGACAUUGCGGGGCAAUGCGAUAGUGCAGUGGCAGCUUUACACACACAUCUUCAACCCUGUGCUGCAGAGAGGGGUAGAGCUAGCCCACCACGCUCAGCAGCUGGGAGUCUCCACCGUUUGCACUCAGGUCUGCAGCUACCACACGCAGUGCCUGCCUGUGGAGGUUCUACUCAUCUACCUGCAAACAUUACCAGCACUUCUCAGAUCAAGGGUAAUAAGAGACCUGUUUAUCAGCUGCAAUGGGCUUAACCAGGUGACAGAGCUUGUGUACCUGGACCAGACUCGUUCCUUGGCUUUGAAGGUGUUUGAAACUCUGAUACUGGGCGUUGGACAUCAGCAGGCUGAUGGGGCUCUCCAGGAGCUAGAAAGUGCUGAUGCUGAAGAGAGGGAGGUUGUCCUGGACCUGGCUGAGGAGCUGGGGUCGCGAGGGGUCGGAGAGGCCCCACAGAGCCUCAGCAAGUUCUAUGAAGGCCUGAAGGAGGCGUGUCCACGUCACAAGAGCCAUGGUGGGCAGAGCCGCGGCCCCCCACACAGGCGCACCGAGACCCACCUCCAUGUCAUCAACCUCUUCCUGUGUGUGGCCUUUCUGCGCGUCAGCAAAGAGGCCGAUUCUGACCGGGACUCCGCCAACGACUCUGAAGACACUUCAGGUUAUGACAGUACUGCAAGCGAACCCCUGGGCGUGCGGUUACCUUAUCUUUCCCCCGACUGCGUAGCCUUGCCCUCCAAAGAGCAGCUGCGACGUGCCGCAGAUGUUUGGUCAGUGUGUCGGUGGAUCUACAUGGGCAGCCCUCUGUUCCAGAGGCAGUUCUACAGGCUCGGAGGACUGGAUGUCUGCUUGCGCCUCAUGGCCAUGGUUAUUCAGAAGCUCUCUUGUAAGACCAAGGAUGGGAAAGCAAAGAGGAAAAGGGAUGGUAAAGGCAAAGGCAGUCCUGAGUCCACAGCCCCAGUAACUACCACAGACCUGGAGGAUUCAACUGAUACCCAAGACUCCAGUCCAGCUGAAGGAAAGUCCAAAGAUCCAACGAAGAAGCUGGAGGAGGAGUGGCAACUACAAAGUAUUCGUCUCCUUGAGGCCCUGCUGGCUAUUUGUCUACACAGUGCAAACUCAGCCCUGCAGAGAAUAGAGCCUGAGCUCUCUUAUCACCUCCAGUCUGUUGAGGAUACUCUGCUUGAGGUGAGAGACCAGCUGUCUUGCUCAGGCGUGGUGAGCUCUGAUCUCGCUGUACCCCUGUUUGACUCUUUAUUGAGAGUGGCCUUAGCUGAAGUGUCCGCCAGUCCUGAUCCUCCCGAGGAGAAGUCAGAGAGGAAACUCCAGCUGUUGGCCGAGGGGGCAGCCCUAGCAGGCGAUCUGUCGGAGGAGGUGGAUGAAGUUCAGAGCUGCAGCGUCAAACUCCCAGGGGAGGAGGAGGGCUACGACGCUGACAGCGAAAGCAACCCUGAGAACAUGGCCAAGCAGGAAGAGGGAGGGAAGGUGGAGUCAGCUGGGUUGCAGGAGUUUUCAGCGAUGGCGGACAGGCCUGGGUGUGGCGUGCUGGUGUUCCCUGAGAUCUGCACAAUGGAGCUCCAGCUUCUCGCCUCCGGCUCCCCUGACCUGGAGGUUGUGAGCCACGUGUUUUACAGCCUGCUGGGUGCAGUGCAUGCCAACCACCACAAUGCUGCCUUGCUCUAUGAACAGGGAGGAGUUAAAACUAUCCUACGUGGCUUUUACAACAUCCUCAGUCAAACAGACCCCUCCCUUACAGAUUGCCAGACUGUGCUUGUGGAGCUGCUUGUUGCCAUGGUGAGCCAGCGAGUAACAGCGGAGGAGCUGGCUCUGUUGAUCCGCCUCUUCCUGGAAAAGAACCCUCCUGCUGACAUUUUAUUGAAGGGUGUAUUACAAAUCAUCAAAGCCAACAUGAGUGUGGAGCCUCUUCACUUUCUGACCUUUCCAAUAAUCCUCGAGGCGUCGGCGCCAGGGGGGUUGUCCCCCGGCUCCAGACAGAACUGUGCCGCCGGAGGGAAAAGUGUCGGGAUGCUGUGGAAGGGCAAACUGUCUCCUGGUCGCAAGGAGGGCGAUGCCGAGUACCGGCCGAGCCACAUCCGUUCCUCUCCCUGGCACAUGGCCCCUCUCCACCUGCCACUAGUGGGGCAGAACUGCUGGCCCCAUAUGGCCAGCGGCUUUAGUGCUUCAAUGUGGCUCAGACUGCCAGAACAGGAGGAGAAGGACGGGGACAGAAACAAGGAAGAAAGUAACGCUCCUUCAACUGAGUUGCCCAAUGGCUCACAUAAGUCUGCAACAAGAUCAGGAGAGGAAGACCUCACUCAUGUUCUUUCCAUGGGCUCCAAGGCUCUAAUGCUCCAAGUGUGGUCAGACUUCUCUACCGGCUCGCUUGUAUUCAGGAUUUGUAUAGACCCGAAUGAUGAGAUAAAAGCAGGGCUGUUGGCGCAGGCAGAUUCUGGUGAGGGACUGCUCCAACGAGGGCAAUGGCAGCAUCUCAGUCUCACUUACAGCCAGCAGCCAGAGGGCAAGAAGAGCAUCCACGGCCGUGUUGUGUGGGUGUGUGGCAUCUGGAAAUGUGAGGUUUCUUUGGACUACACCCUACCCAGGAAACCCAGUCUAUCAUCUGACAGCAACAAAACCUUCUGCAUGCUGGGCCACUGUGCGCUGUCCUCUGAGGAGCUGACGAAGCAGGGUGGACGCUGGAGCAUGGGCACUGUGCUCCUCUUCAACGGGGCGAGAAUAGGAUCUGAGGAGGCUUUCUUCCUGUACUCCAGCGGGCCUGACCUCACUUCCAUCAUGCCCUGCAAGUACGGCAAGCCUGCUGGCUCUUUCUCCAAAUUUGUCACUCAGGAAGGUCUGAAGUGUGAACAUGUCAGAGAGAUUCUGAUGACAAACAAAGAUCUAGACACAACGUCUUUGGUUGAGAGCUUGGCAGUAGUGUAUGCCCCCAGCAGUCCAAGAGUUUACACGAUCUACGAGCCUGUAAUCAGACUGCGAGGUACGGCCAAGACCGUCAUCACCCAGCGGCCCUUCAGCUCCAAAGAGGUGCAGAGUGUUUCCCUGGAACCCAACGCUCUCAGAGCUCUCCGCCCCACUGAAAUCCAAAGCCUGCAGAGCGUCCUGCAUAACAUCGGAGGAACGGGAACGUUUGUCUUCCUGUUUGCGCAGACGGUGGAGCUGAGUGACUGUGAGAAGACCCAGGCUCUCGCUCUACAAGUCCUGCUCUCUCUCUGCAAAUUUAACCAACACCGCAUCCACGAAAUGGACUGUUACCAUGGUUACUCUAUGAUCCAUCAGGUCCUCAUCAAGUCCAAAUGCAUCGUAGGAUAUCAUAUACUGAAAACGUUACUGGACGGUUGCUGCAGUGGAUCCAUCCUCUUCCUGGGGGACGACGGUCAGUUCCGACUGGACACCGAGUCGGUGGCUGUGGUUCAGGAUAUAAGGCUUCUCUCGGACAUUCUGCUGGACUGGAAGAUCUGGGCCAAGGCUGAGUGUGGUGUGUGGGAGACGCUGCUCGCUGCCUUAGAGAUCCUCAUCAGGGUGCACCACCCCCAUCAGGUCUUCAACAUCCGUCAGUUCCUCAAUGCUGAAGUGGUGCAUCGCUUCCUGCUGACAUGCCAGGUGUUACAGGAGCACCGGGACGAGCAUCUGACUGCCAUCCCUCAGGAAGUCUGUCUGUCCUUCAUUAAAAUAAUCCAGGAAGUACUUGGGUCUCCUCCAGACAUGGAUCUGCUCAGACUAAUCUGUAACUUCCUGCUGGCUGUCCACCCACCAACCAACACCUACGUCUGCCACACUCCAUCCAGCUUUUACUUCUCGCUGCACAUAGAUGGGAAGCUGUACCAGGAGAAGGUGCAGUCCAUUAUGUACUUGAGACACUCCAACAGUGGAGGCAAGUCUGCCAGCAGCUCUGUGAUGUCACUGUCCCCGACUGUUUUCGCUGAUGCUUCCCACGAAGGUAAUUUGCACGCUCCUUCCCCUGAGCCUGGAGGUGAUGAUCAGUCACUACGGCCUCCUAGUCUGGCUCCAUCUCCGUACUCCUCGCCCCUGCAUACACCUCGACUCGGACACGGCAGCUCAAGCGAACCGGGCGAGGGAGACAGUGUCUCCCUAAACUCUCAGCAAACUCUCGGUAGCACAGAGACCCUCAAGAAGGCUGGAGGUGACGAGCAGCUCCUGAGCAGCUGUGAAUCAGCCAAGACGAUCUGCGACUCCAAAGAUGCGGGGGAGGGAACUGCCCUGCGCACCCCGUCCAUCAGUGUGGAGGAGGAGCGGGACGAGGCGGCGGAAGUGGACAGUCUAGCAGAGGGCAGUGUGGGGUUGGCAGAAUCUGAGGACAGGUUUGACUGGGCCAGUGAUGAGGCGCCGCGCCGCCCUGACAGCCUGAAAGGCAUCCAGUCCUUCCAGAGGAGCCACAGCAACCUGGCCAGUCUGGGUCUGGCUUUCCCAGUUCCAAACGGCUCAUUAACCGUUGGCCGCUGGCCCAGUGCAGCUGAUCGGGGCUCCGCGCCCGAGGACUGGGAAAGCUACACCUACUCCCCUGGCUAUGAGAGGACACACAGCAAGACUGAAUCUAAUGACAGGUCCAGUACGGAGGAUUGCUUGGUGCUGAUCUGCUGUGGGCUCUAUGAUCUCUUGAGGGGCGUACUGCUGCUGCUGCCUGACCUCAUGCUGGAGGAGGUGAUGGACAAACUCAUCACGCCAGAGGCGCUCGUUGUCCUGGUCAAUCACUCCUCUCCGCUCAUCCAGCAAGGAGUCAUGAAGCUGCUAGACGCCUAUUUCAGCAGAGCUGUCAAGGAGCAGAAGGAGAAGUUUCUGAAGAACCACGGCUUCUCACUGCUUGCCAAUCAGCUCUACAUCCACCAGGGCAGUCAGGGGCUCCUCGAGUGUUUCCUGGAGAUGCUGUUUGGACGGCCCGUGGGUCUGGAGGAAGAUUUGGACCUAGAGGAGAUGGAAAAUAUCUCACCCUUCAGAAAGCGCUGCAUCAUCCCAGUCCUGGGUCUUAUUGAGAACUCCCUUUAUGAGAACUCAUUGGUGCACAACAUCCUUUGUAUGCUGCUGCAACUCGUCAAUGCCUGCCCCAAGCUGGCAGACAUCCUGCUCGACCACGGGCUGCUCUACGUGCUCUUUAACACCCUCUCCACCCUCAACGGCAUGGAGAACGGUAUUCCCCUCAAUGACUACAAGCUGCUGGUCUGUGACAUCCAACAAAUGCUAGUAGCCGUGACUAUCCACUCCUGCAGCUCUUCGGGGUCCCAGUACUUCCGAAUCAUUGAAGACCUCAUUACCUUGCUAGGUUUCAUGCAGACGAGCAAGAUGCGACGCACGCAGGAAAUGGCCGUGGCUUUGCAGUACAGGGUCCUCCAGUCAGCGGUGGAGUUCAUAAAGACGACGGCCAACCAGGAGCCUCAGAAGCUGAGCAGUUCUGUUAACACACCCAGCUCUCCCCAUCACGCCAUCUAUCAGAAGCGCAAGAGCAUCGCAGGUUCCAUUGCCAUGAAAGACUCCAUUAUCCCACGCAUCCCCAGACAGCACUACUGCUCCUACGGCCAGAUCCCCAUGUUCCCUCCCUUCAGCUUCCUGUCCCAGGACUCCUCCCUCCCCUCCCCCUCCAGUUCGCCGUCAUACACGUUCCACGGUGAUGCAGGUCGGCGGAAGUUCUCUUUGGCCCAGACAGACUCUCUCCUGAUGCGAAUGCGUUCUGUCGCCAGCGAUGAGCUCAACCAGAUGAUGCAGAGGAGGAUGAGCCAGGAAAACCCCAUCCGUGCCAGCGAAACUGAGUUUGUCCAGCGGCUGCAGAGGCUUGUGGUUCUCGCUGUUAAUAGACUCAUUUACUACGACGUGAGUCAGGACUUGUUUGACUUGCUGAACAUCCCGGACUCUCCCGACCACCAGCUCUUGACACCAGAUCCCGGCGACCCUCACGAUGAGAGCGGCUCCACUUCUGUCCCGCACUCUCCCACUCCCUUUACUCUGCCGCCGGCCAACAAAAAGACCUUUCAGAAAGACAUCCUCAAACUCAUGAUGGACGGCAUCAAAAUCAGCCUGGGAAGCACGGGUCGAGGUGGAGCCCCACAUCACCCGUGGCAGAGGAUCCUCUGGUCCUGUCGGGACACUUUUAGGGUACAAAUAGGACGUCUGCUGGUCCACACGCUCAGUCCCGCACUUCCCCUGUCUGACAGGAAGGAGGCGCUGGAGUUUGUGUUUGAUCCCAGACAUCUGGAUAUCCUCAAAGAGAGUCUCAGUCCAGGUCUAGAGCAUGGACCAAAGCUGUCACUGUACCUGUACGAGAUGAUGCACGAUCACAAGGACAGCCUCACCAAAGACGAGCAGAACGCCGUGGCUGUGUUCAUGACCUCGCUCAAGCUCUGUGGUCAUCGCUGCAUCCCCCCCAGCGCUCCACAUAAACAAGACCUGCUCAAGGCCAUUAAGGAGGAAAAAUUCAAAUACGAAGCAGAAGAGAAGACAAGUAAAGUGGCAUGGGAAAAGAAAAUGGCCAACACUCAGAGGAAUCUCAUGCAGAGGCUGGAUGGAAAGUCCAAGGACAUUUCCAAAAUUGCAGCAGAUAUCACUCAGAAUGUGUCUCUGCGUCAAGGCAUGGAGAGAAAGAAAGUCAUCCAGCACAUCAGGGGCCUGUACAAGACCGACCUGAGCGCCAGCCGCCACUGGCAAGAGCUGGUGCAGCAGCUCACACAUGAUCGUGCGGUUUGGUACGACCAGACAUCCUACCCAACGUCCUGGCAGCUGGACCCCACUGAGGGGCCAAACCGAGAGCGACGGCGGCUGCAGCGAUGUUACCUCACCAUCCCAAACAAGUACCUGCUCAAAGACAGACGCAAUGCAGAAGACUCAGUGAAGCCACCACUUUCCUUCCUGUUUGAGGAUAAGACUCACUCCUCCUUCUCUUCCACUGUCAAGGACAAAGCCACCAGCGAGUCUAUCAGGUUCACCAGACGGUGCAUCAGCGUGGCCCCCUCCAGGGAGACGGCAGGGGAGCUACUUCUGGGAAAGUCUGGGAUGUACUUUGUGGAGGACAAUGCCGCAGAUGCUCACGACACCCAGAGCGUCCACGGGGAGACGGAGGCGCCCUCUUUCUCCUGGACGUACGAGGAGAUCAAAGAGGUGCAUAAGAGAUGGUGGCAGCUGAGAGAUAAUGCUGUGGAGAUAUUCCUCACCAACGGCAGGACCCUGCUGCUAGCCUUUGACAACACAAAGUUCCGAGAUGACGUCUACCACAACAUCUUGACCUCUGACCUUCCCAACCUGCUGGAGCACGGGAACAUCACGGCGCUCACGCAACUGUGGGGCUCCGGCCAGAUCACCAACUUCGAGUACCUCACGCACCUCAACAAGCACGCGGGGCGUUCCUUCAACGACCUCAUGCAGUACCCGGUGUUCCCCUUCAUCCUGCGGGAUUACACCAGCGAGGCGCUCGACCUGCAGGAUAACAACAUCUACAGGAAUUUGAGCAAACCCAUCGCAGUCCAGUCAAAAGAGAAGGAGGAUCGCUACGUGGACAAUUACAGGUACCUGGAAGAGGAGUACAAGAAGGGCAUCCGGGAGGACGACCCCAUGCCCCCCGUCCAACCCUACCACUACGGCUCCCACUACUCCAACAGCGGCACCGUGCUGCACUUCCUGGUGCGGAUGCCACCGUUCACCAAGAUGUUCCUUGCCUACCAGGACCAGAGCUUUGAUAUCCCGGAUCGGACGUUUCACUCCAUGAACACUACCUGGCGUCUGUCCUCCUACGAGUCCAUGACGGAUGUGAAAGAGCUCAUCCCCGAGUUUUUCUACCUCCCAGAAUUCCUGGUCAAUAGAGAAGGUUUUGAUUUUGGGGUUCGGCAGAACGGUGAAAGGGUGAAUCAUGUGAACUUGCCACCGUGGGCUCGCAACGACCCACGGCUCUUCAUCCUGAUCCACCGACAAGCGCUGGAGUCGGAUCAGGUCUCCCAGACGCUGUGUCAGUGGAUCGACCUGGUGUUCGGGCUCAAGCAGAAAGGCAAGGCCGCCGUCCAUGCCAUCAACGUCUUCCACCCAGCUACCUAUUUCGGCAUGGACGUGUCAGCGGUAGAAGACCCGGUCCAGCGACGGGCCCUGGAGACUAUGAUCAAAACAUACGGACAGACACCCAGGCAGCUCUUCAACGCCACUCACAUCGGCAAGGCGGGCCCCAAACUCAUGAUGGACGGGGAGCUGCCUGCAGCCAUGGGGCUCCUGGUUCAGCUGGCCUUCAGGGAACCCAGAGAACCGGCCAAGGAGAUCGUGUGCCCGAGCCCGCUGCCGUGGAUCAAGGGUCUGAAGUGGGGGGAGUACGUGGGCUCCCCCUGUGCUCCAGACCCCGUGGUUUGCUUCAGCCAGCCACACGGGGAGCGCUUCGGAUCCCUCCUCGCCCUGCCGACCAGAGCCAUCUGCGGCCUGUCUCGCAAGUUCUGCCUCAUGAUGAUCUACAGCAAGGAGCAGGGUGUGCGGAGCAUGCACAGCACGGACAUCCAGUGGUCGGCCAUCUUGAGCUGGGGCUACGGGGACAACAUCCUGAGGCUGAAGAGCAAGCAGAGCGAACCACCCAUCAACUUCAUCCAGUGUUCGCAGCUUCACCAGGUGACCAGCUGUGCCUGGGUGCCCGACGGCUGCCAGCUAUUUACGGGCAGCAAGUGCGGAGUCAUCACCGCCUACAGCAACCGAUUCACCAGCACCACGCCGUCGGAGAUGGAGGUGGAGUCUCAGGUGGACCUGUACGGGCACACGGGGCAGGUCACCAGCCUGCUGGUGUGUAAACCCUACAGCAUCCUCAUCAGCGUGAGCACCGACGGCACCUGCAUCCUCUGGGACCUCAACAGACUCUGCUACGUUCAAAGCCUGACAGGCCACAAAAGCCCGGUGACGGCCGUCUCUGCCAGCGAGACCACGGGGGACAUCGCAACAGUUUGUGACUCUGAGGGAGGAGGAAGCGACCUGCGUCUGUGGACGGUGAACGGCGACCUGAUCGGCCACGUCCACUGCAGAGAAACCAUCUGCUCGGUGGCGUUCUCCAACCAGCCGGAGGGCGUGUCUGUCAACGUCAUCGCCGGCGGUCUGGAGAACGGCGUCGUCAGACUGUGGAGCACCUGGGACUUGAAACCGGUCCGAGAGAUCACCUUUCCAAAAUCUAGUAAACCCAUCAUCAGCCUGACGUACUCGUGCGACGGCCACCACCUCUACACGGCCAACAGCGAGGGCACGGUGAUGGCCUGGUGUCGCCGGGACCAGCAGCGCAUGAAGCUGCCCAUGUUCUACUCCUUCCUGAGCAGCUACGCUGCGGGCUGACGGCGCGCCUGACGUGCCGCUGUCCAGUCGUCGCCACCGGGCCUCCCCUCCUCCCCGCACCCCCUCUCCUCCCAUGUGCACUGACGGGGAGGAGGACGCGUCAGCAUGGCCUCUCUGAACCUGCCCUGACUCUUAAUGAUACCAUCCCCAGCCGAGCAAGCGCUCCCACUCCCAGCAUCAAGAAGUUAUUGUGAAAAUAGUAUUAUAUGUACAUAAAUCUAUAUUUAUAAACAUACUGAAGUGGAAUGUCGGAGAACUGGAUGAAUAUUUGGCUGAAACCGCAACAGACACUUUAUACGAAAUGCUAUUUUCAGAACGCGUUUUUAUUUUAGUCUUUUGAUUCCUUCUCGUUUUGUUUUGUUGUGCAAACUUACUCUUACCUGAAGUUGAUCUGACGGUUUCCUGGUAAGCUGCUAUCGUCCCAAAGACCCCCGUCUCUCACCCCGCCGCGGCUGGGGCGUCCCGCCGCGCAGGCGGCUGACAGGUUCCCGCCGGAGACCCAGCGAGCGCGUCGUGCUGAUGCUGCAGCAGCCGGGAGCGACGGAGCGUCUCACCGGGAGACGUGCCGCUCUGUGGGAGUGAGACGUCCCUCCGCUGGGCUGUCUGCUCCGCUCUAGUCUGAACACCGGUGUCACGGCCCCAGCUUCACUCUGUCUGCGCGCAGCAGAGGGACCGCGGGGGGGAGACGGGCCGGGAUGAAUCCUACCUUGUGCUGCCUGUUGUUCUGUCCUACUUCUGCAUGCCAGGAUGAUCCCGACCUCGACUGGGUGGAUGUGCAUGUGACAUUUACCGUCACCAGCUCCUCGUUUCAAACCUGCCUCAGCUCAACCUUGUCUUUUUGCAUUUAGAAAGCGUUGAUACUCAAUUAUUUAUUUAAAAAUCGGCAAGGAAGCUCAUCUUUUCCUCCUCCUCCUGUCUCCUCUGCUUUACUGACCUGUCCGCCUCUUAAAUGUGCUAGAACCACUUUCACUGCUUCUCAUAACGCUCUGAACUUAUAAGAAGGCAGUUAACAAAAAGCAUUACCUGGAGAAGAAGCUGAAAGGUAUUUAAUGUCACACACUUGAAGACCUGUGCAGCAUUACUGAAAGGUCUUGGCAGAUGAGAGGAUUUAAUGAGCAUCUAGUCGAGCCAACCGUUCUUCCUUAGUUUCCUAGUAGACACUACGCUCACUACGCUCAGCCAGACGCUUCAUAUCUGAGGAUCGACGCAGCUUUACUCUACAUUCCCACCUCUAACUCACUGCACUUGCAGUUUGCCUGUUGAAUGGCAGUCAGAAGCACUUUUCUUUCUUUUUUUUUAUCACUUUAAAUGAGAAGAGCUAAUGAUUUGUGGUCUUAACGUAAACUGAGCUUUGAAGUAAUUGUACCGGUGAAGUGGUUUCCAGAGAGCAAUAUCAGAUGUGAAGGUUUUUCAUGUUGCAUGUAGGAGGAAACCAGCAGCAGCCCUCCCUGCCCCGUGUAAACAGAGGGAGCAGCGAAAACCAUGUCUUAGUCAACACUUUUGUCCAUGAGAAAGGGAACUUUUCUUAAAGCAUCAUCAUUCCUUUUUGUGUCAUUGGCAUGAUCUCUUUGUGUUGUUUCUUCUUCCACCCGUCCGAGCUCUUGAGCAGGAUGUAAUGUUACUUCCGUUAUGUAAAUGCAAACAUGUCCUCCAUGACAUUUCUUAAAGUGUGCAACAACCUCACUGUCGUCUUAAACAUCCCAAAUCAAAGUUUGUGUGAAUUUUGUUAUUUUUGUUGUUUUUUUUUUAAUGGGAAAAAAGAGCGGAGGAAACUAGCUUUGUGACAGAAUUGAAUAUUAUUUCCCUGUUUGUACCUUUAAGCUAUGCAUAAGUUAAUAUCGUGGUCUUACUUUGCCUAAAUGUGUUUUUGGACCUUUUCCAGGCUAGAUUUUAUUGAUCAUCAUCAUGGACGGGGUUCUCAGUUUGGUUCCUUUUUGUUGUAUAUAUGUGAGUGUGAGUAUGUAUGGACAAACCAAACAAUAAGUAUAUUAUAUAUAUAUAAUAUAAAUAAAAUUAUAAAUAUUUGAAGAAGUGUUGCUACAUCCUGUU